AUGGAUGAUAAACAUCAUACUUCAAAAACUGUGGCAGUGGUUGGUGGUGGCCUGUGUGGCGCGCUUUGUGCCUGUUUCUUUGGCAAACACGGCAUAAAAGUGCAUUUAUUUGAAUUACGAUCAGAUAUUCGUCAGCAAGAGGUUGUUGUUGGACGGAGUAUUAAUAUGGCACUGAGUAAACGUGGUCGUGAUGCAUUGAAUUAUGUAGAUUGUGAAGAUUUAAUUGUUAAAAAUGGUAUUCCGAUGUAUGCCAGAAUGAUUCACGAUCUUGAUACCAGAACACAUCCCAUACCCUAUGGUACAUCAAAAGAUCAACAUAUUUUAUCGAUUGAUAGACGAAUAUUAAAUGAAUUGUUACUAACAGAAGCAGAUAAAUAUCCAAAUAUCACAAUACACUUUGAACAUAAAUUUUUCUCGUGGGAUCCGGAUCAGAAAAAAGCUGUAUUUUAUGAUGGCAAUGGUGAAAGACGUGAAUUUUCUAAUUUGGAUGCAAUUAUAGGAUGUGAUGGAUCAUAUUCAGCUGUACGUAAUGCAUUAAUGAAAUUUGAAAAGAUUAAUUUUUCACAAGAUUAUGUACCAUCGCAUUACAUGGAAUUUCGUAUAGCACCCAUGAACGGCGAGUUUGCAAUGGAAACUAAUCAUUUACACAUAUGGCCUCGUCGAGAGUUCAUGUUAAUCGCCUUACCAAAUCUGGAUAAAUCAUUUACCACUACAUUGUUUUUACCCAUAAAUAUUUUUAAUGCCAUUCAGACUGAAGAUCAAUUAAUUGAUUUUUUUCAAACAUAUUUUCCCGAUGCUAUCUAUUUUAUUGGAAAAAAAAAUAUAAUUACUAACUAUUUUUCAUCUAAACCAUUACCAUUAAUAUCUAUCAAAUGUGCACCACAUCAUUCAUCUUCGGCCUCUAUGGUAAUACUAGGCGAUGCAGCUCAUGCUAUGCAACCAUUUUAUGCUCAAGGUAUGAAUUCAUCAUUUGAAGAUUGUCUUAUUUUAUUUGAGCAAUUGAAUGCCUACAAUUUUGAUUUUAAACAAGCAUUUUUGGGUUACUCUGAACAACGUGUAGCAAAUUCACAUGCCAUUGUCGAUUUAUCAUAUUAUAAUUACUUAGAAAUGAGAGAUCACGUUUCACAAACAUCUUAUUUAGUACGAAAAAAAGUGGACAAUUUAUUUUAUCGAUUAUUUUCAUCCUAUUGGAUACCAUUAUAUUCAAUGAUAGCAUUUACUCGUAUACCUUAUCUUAAAUGUCUUCAAUUAAAACAACGACAGGAUAAAAUAUUGAAAACUUUUCGUGUCAUAUCUUAUACUAUUUUUGGUCUAUAUUUAUUUAAAGAAUUUGCUAUACGUGUUAUUAAACCGUUGGCUAUUAAAUUUAUUGUUCGAAAAAUUUUACCAAAUUUUGUUGCAGAAAAAGUUGUUUAA